UUUUCUUUAAUUUUUUUAAUUACAGGCUCAAUAUUUUUUCUCAUUCGUCCCAAAAUAGGAGUCCCUCAUUCUCCCAACUGAUCUAAACCGGGAACGAAAUUGGCAAUAGAAAGGCUUUAUGCCAUCUGAGCCAUCAGUUUACACCUCUACUCCUAGGCCAGAUGGUUACUUGUUUAGACAAAAUUACCCUUAAAUCAACACCGUUCAGAAGGCAGGGAAAUGAUGGUUUGCACUUUGCACUCCUUAAAAAACAUCCACGCCACCCAUAUCAAGCCUCUUGCAAGGUAUGCGAAAUGGGUUUCUUUCGUUUCUUAACUUUCAUAUCAAAAUCGCCCAAAAGAUCCUGUCUUCCAUCUUCUUCCCCCUGGAUUCCAACACCUACUCUGACUAGGUCACACUCAUCUUCACAAAAAACAACCAUAGACCGAAAUUUCCCUCUCUAUACAGUACCCGACUGCAAAAUUCCAUCUGGAUUUAUUCCAGAUCGUUAUAAUAAUGAUAACCAUAGUAAUAACCGAUGGGUUCAUGCCAGUAUCCAAGUCUUUCAGAAGGUUAACGAGAAAACUCUCCAUACCUAUAUAGAGUCUGUAAGCUAUAAAGAUAUACAAGAUAGUGAAAAUAUAUGCAAAUUGCUGUCUCAAAACUCAAAUUCCUCCAUCGAUAAAUUGCUUGAUAACGCUUCGAUCGAGGUGUCCCCGACACUCGUCGUUGAGGUUUUGAAAAGGCUCAGCAAUGCGGGCGUCCUCGCAUUAUCGUUCUUUAGGUGGGCAGAGAAACAAAAAAGUUUCAAGUACAGCACAGAUAGUUACAACGCGUUAAUUGAUUCUCUGGGUAAGAUUAAGCAAUUCAAACUGAUAUGGUCUUUGGUGAGUGACAUGAAACGAAAUGGAUUGUUGACGAAGGACACCUUCGCGCUGAUCGCUCGGCGAUACGGAAGAGCCAGACAGGUUAAAGAGGCUAUAGAAACGUUUGAGAAAAUGAACAAGUUUGGUUUGGUUCCCGACACUUCAGAUUUCAAUCGAUUAAUCGAUACUCUGAGCAAGUCGAGAAAUGUGGAACGUGCACAAGAGGUGUUUGAUAAAAUGAAAAAAAGAAGGUUCGCACCUGAUAUUAAGUCCUUCACGAUUUUGUUAGAAGGCUGGGGUCAGCAGCAGAACUUAUUGAGGUUGCACGAGGUUUAUCGAGAGAUGAGAGACGAGGGUUUUGAGCCAGACGUUGUGACUUAUGGCAUCCUCAUAAAUGCCUACUGUAAAGCCAGGAAGUACGAUGACGCCAUUAAAUUAUUUCACGAAAUGGAAACAAAGAAUUGCAAGCCUAGUCCUCACAUUUUCUGUACUUUAAUUAAUGGAUUAGGAUCUGAGAGGAGACUAGAUGAGGCCCUUGAAUUCUUCAGUCGAUCCAAGAACAGUGGCUUUGCCCCUGAGAGGCCCACUUAUAAUGCUGUUGUUGGAGCUUACUGUUGGUCAAUGAGGAUGCAUGAUGCUUUCAGGGUUGUUGAUGAGAUGAAAAAACAAGGGAUUGGUCCAGAUUCUCGAACUUAUGAUAUUAUUCUUCAUCACCUGGUAAAGGCUCGAAGAACGAAGGAAGCUUACCGUGUGUUCCAAGAAAUGAGCUGCGAUGGGGGGUGUGAGCCUACUGUUAGUACCUAUGAGAUAAUAGUGAGAAUGUUCUGCAACAAUGAGCGAGUUGAUAUGGCUAUGAAGGUUUGGGAUCAGAUGAAGAACAAGGGAGUUCUUCCUGGUAUGCAUAUGUUCUCUACAUUGAUUAACAGUUUAUGCCAUGAGAACAAGUUAGAUGAUGCUUGCAAGUACUUUCAAGAGAUGCUAGAUAUGGGUAUUCGCCCUCCAGCUCAGAUGUUUAGUAAUCUGAAACAAGCUCUUCUUGAUCAAGGAAAGAAAGAUACUGUUCUAACUUUUGCAAGGAUCAUUGAUAGACUAAGGAAAACUCCACUAAUUCAUGGGGGGCAAUGAGAGGGCUUUGAAAUGAUGAGUAUGGCUCUUAAUGUUGCACAUUAGCUUAUGAAUAGGAUAGUUUGGGUUUUCAGAAGAUUAGGAUAUGGCUGAUGGUUUGUAGUUUCUGUGUCAAUUGAAUUAAGAGUUUAUACAUGUCUGAUACACAAAACUUUGUUAUUAAACGUCUCCAAAUGCUAUUUAUGUUCCCAAAUAAGCUUAUGGCUUGAAUGAGCCUGUCUUCAAGCCUUCUCGAAGUUUUUGCAACAGAAGGAAAUUGUUAACGUCAAUGAAACAUCCUUGCUAUC